AUGAUGUCCACUACUCAACACUUCAACAGCGGAGCUUCACUAGUGGACGGAUACUUUCAGCUGGCCAGUGACAACGAUUUUCUCGUCAAGACUGUGGACAGCAUGUUUGUGUUCCAGGAGGGGGUGGAGAGCGAUACCAAUGCGGCUGCUGCAUACGACGCUAUAGUGGUGGAACAAUGGACAAUCGUUGAUGGUUUACAAGUGAAGACAGACUAUAUUCCCCUGCUGCAGUCGCUGGCUUCAUUUGGAUGGAGACUCACUUGCGUGCUGCCUACACCCAUCAUCAAGACUAAUAGUGAUGGAAGUUUGGCCACCAAGCAGAUCAUUUUCCUCCAAAGACCAAUGUUGCCUCGCAAGAAGAAGGAAUCCAAGAAAGUCAUCUUUAAAGCACGGAACAAGUCCAACAAGAACUCGGUCAAAGACGCACCAAAGAACAAGAAGAAGAAAGACUCCACACCCACUGUAGAGAAAGAGAUAAGUGAUCAAAAGCCCUGUGAUGGAGCCGAGAAGAGCGCCGAUACAAGUGUGAAUGAACGACGGGAGGAAAACCAGAAUAAUGAGACUGAUGCUGAAGUGCAGAGUGAACAGAAAGAGGACAGAGAGGAAGGGAACGAGACAGAGGAAGGGACGGUAGGAGCAGGCAGGGGAAAAAAAGAGGCGGUGGGGGGAAAUAGCAAGACAGACGGAAAUGCUAAAGAUGAGGUAGAUGUUAAAGAGGAAGAGCGUGGCGUGAAAACAGAAGCUGAAAUGGGGUCGUGUCAAGACAAGGCCUCACCUACAGCACAAGAAACAGGACGACAGGACGAGGAGGUGGACAAACAGGAAGACAGCUCAGCCAAUCAGGAUUGAGGACGCGCUCACACCCACCGAGCCAAUGAGAGUGGACCUCUGAAUGUUCUAAAUGCUACCCUGCAAAAAAAAUCACUUUGCUAAUCAAUAUUUUGUCUUGUUUUCCAGUAUCUAAACAUCCUUAAAACAAGUUCAAUAUACAAAACAAGAAAGCAAGAGUUGUUUUAUUGAUCUUUAGAUACUCAAGCCAAAACUACUGGCUGAUGUCGCGUAGCUUAUGGUUUAAGACAGGUACACUGUCGCGCAACCACCUCACUUGACAUUUCCACCUCUUGUAACCAAUGCUGAACAUUUAACUCACCGCUGGUGAGCGGGCGAUAACAUCCCUUCCCCAUCAAUGAGCCGAAAGGACUCCGGUAUCCAGGAAGAGGGAGGAGAGAUGGGAAGAGAUUGUUAUCGGUAAAUGCACUGGAUGGGAAAACCACAUUAAUAUUUACUCGAUGAGCCCAGAGGGCCGAGACAGACUCAAAGACGGCAUCUCAGACGUGCUCCGAGGAGAAGGUUACUGUUGCGAGAAGCAAUCUAUUGUGAUGUUAGGUGCAUAUGUUUGUGUAUGUUUUUGUUUACGUUUAUAUGAAUAUUUCAUGUCACCGUCCAAACAAAAGAGUCAGAUUCUCGAAAUGUAAAAGAUUCGCACCUGGCAAAGAAACAUACUGGGAUAUUACUAUUAAGUUUGUUGUGCAGUAGGGGCGACUUUUUGUUGGUUUGGUUGUUAGCAUUCAGAGCGGAUCCACCACUGGUUUAAAGGAAUAACUCACACAGAAAUGAAAAUUCUGUCAUCAUUUACUCACCCUCAUGCUGUUUCAAAUAUGUAUGACUUCAUGAGAAAAAUAGAAUACUUUAAUGAAGACUCAGGCUGUUUGUAUGGAAGCCAAUUUCUGCCACAUAAAAAAAACAACAAUAAUGCAUUAGUAAAAAUUCAUAAUUCUCGGAUAAAAAGUCAAAAAUAUGACACCAUAAGUCUAAGGGCAGACAUUGACAAAAUGUCAACACUGAAAAGUAAAACUCAUAAAAAGUCAAUAUUUUGACACACUAAGAGAUAAAUAGUAGAACUUUCCAUAAAAGUCAACACAGAUUAAAAAAGCUAUUUUUCUGACAUUAUGAGAU